UAAUUAGCAACAAUUAAUUAAAUGCAAAUUGCAAAAGCAGUAAAGGGAAAUAUAUAAAACCCGCUGCCCAAGUGAAAUAAACCGUUUAAAACAGUCGCGAGCAGCGCAGUCGUCUGGCCGCUGCAGCGAAGCGCAGCUUGACGAAAGUCUAAAAAGGCCAGCCAUGUCUCCAGCACGGAAGCAAGCCAAAGUCGAUGCGCCAGGCGCGCUUUAAGCCCCAACCAAAUCCAUUGACGACGCAGAGCAAAGUAUCAAAAAUGAAACAAAAAAGUUGGCGGCACAAGCGUAAAUAAUUGAAUUUAUCAAACAAAAACAACAGGCGCACGCGGCGGACAAUAAAACGCAGCGAAAGUAAAUUAAAGCUAAGCGAAAGAAGCGCAGAAUAAGUUGACCAUGCUCGGGCGCACUCAGAAGCUGCUCCUGGGGCUGGCCAUCCUGUUGCUAGUCAACGUUCUAUGGGUAUCCUCCAGCGAGCUGAGCAAGUUUCUCUAUGAGGAUGACAAAUAUGACAAGCCGUUCUUUUGCACAUACUUUAAGACCUCGAUGUUUAGCAUCUAUUUGCUCAUCAUUGGCAUUAUUGCGCCCUGGAAGGAGUCUUGCGAGCGUCAGCAUGGCAAUUAUGCGAUGAUGGAACAGCAUGCCGACGAGGAGAACUACUACACAAGUCAAGCUGCUUUGGGCGAUUCGACAUUUGUGCCCAUACGCGUUGCCAAUCCCAUCAAUGGCGUGCCAUCCGGCACGGAGAGCGAUGAUUCGAGUGGGCGCAGCGUGCGCUUCUGCAAGAUGGCCGAGGUGCGCGAGAUGUCGGCACAUGAGGCGACAGAUGCCCUGAUGGCACGGCUCUCCUAUGCCGCCAGCAUGCGGAUCAGGCGCCAGAAGACGCAUCACAAGACGGCCAAAACGGCGCUGCUUUUCUGCCUGCUCUGGUUUGCGGCCAAUUACUUCUCGCAGCUGGCCCUGGACAUGGACGAGGAGCCGAUGGUGACGCUCAUUAGAUCCACUUCGGCCACAUUGUUCACCAUUUUAUUGGCCGCCUUGUUUCCGUCGGCCAUGGGCGAUAAGCUGACGAUCACGAAGCUAAUUGCAGUCACCAUCAGCAUUGGCGGCGUUGUGGUCAUCAGCAUAAACGAUCUGCACGACUCGAAGAUGACGCGCGGCAUUCUGUUGGCCCUGUUUAGUGCAUUCUUUUAUGCCUCGUACUUGGUGUUUGUUAAGCGAAAAAGCGACACCGAGGAGAAGGUCGACAUUCCGCUCUUCUUUGGCUUUGUUGGUCUCUGGAAUCUGUUGCUGUUGUGGCCCAUUUUCUUUAUACUGCACUUCACCAAGAUCGAAACGUUUGAGCUGCCCAGCCAGGGUCAGUUUGGCCUGCUCUUUCUGAAUGGCUUCAUUUGCACUGUGCUGGCGGUGGCCUUGUGGCUGUGGGGCUGUUUUCUCACCUCCUCGCUGAUCGGCACGCUGACCAUGUCGCUGCAAAUACCGCUAACAAUUGCCUUUGAUGUGCUCCUCAAGCACAAGCCGUACUCAUCUAUGUACUGGAUGGGCUCCGUGGGCUUGGUGAUUGCCCUGCUGCUUGUGGUUUUGCUCAUGCGCAACGAUGAUUCAGAUCCGCUUAUGAAGCUAUUCAAAGUUGUAUAUAGAAAAAUCUGUGGCUGCCAUAAGCCCAGCAUUGUGAGAGUCGCCGACGAUGAGCAACAGGAAUCUCUGAUAAAUAGCAGCGAAUAAAGUCGGACAUCGUUUCCGGAAAGGCUUUUGAAAAACGCGCUUUCUCAACAUUUAAAAAUUGCUCACUGCAAUGCAAAUCCAAACUUGGCUGUUCACGAGUUCGUUUCGAAUCGUUCUUUAAUGUAUAGCGACAAAUAUAUAUAUAUAUAAUAUACAAUAAUAUAUUGUAUGUACGUAGUUGUA